UUCGGAGGAGACCCCUCCAGCUGCUCAGAACUUCAUCAUUCCAAAAAAGGAGAUUCACACGGUUCCGGACAUGGGCAAAUGGAAGCGUUCUCAGGCAUACGCAGACUACAUCGGAUUCAUCCUCACUCUCAACGAAGGCGUGAAGGGGAAGAAGCUGACCCUCGAGUACAAAGUCUCUGAGGCCAUCGAGAAACUGGUCGUUCUGCUUGACACACUGGACAGGUGGAUUGACGAGACCCCGCCCGUGGACCAGCCCUCUCGAUUUGGGAACAAGGCGUACAGGACCUGGUAUGCCAAACUCGAUGAGGAGGCAGAAAAUUUGGUGGCCACGGUGGUCCCCACCCAUCUGGCAGCGGCGGUGCCUGAGGUGGCUGUUUACCUAAAGGAGUCAGUGGGGAACUCCACGCGGAUCGACUAUGGCACAGGGCAUGAAGCGGCUUUUGCUGCCUUUCUCUGCUGUCUCUGCAAGAUUGGGGUGCUUCGGGUAGACGACCAAAUAGCUAUUGUCUUCAAGGUGUUCAAUAGGUACCUUGAGGUUAUGCGGAAGCUCCAGAAGACAUACCGGAUGGAGCCAGCCGGCAGCCAGGGUGUGUGGGGCCUGGAUGACUUCCAGUUUCUACCCUUCAUCUGGGGUAGCUCGCAGCUGAUAGACCACCCCUCUUUGGAGCCCAGACACUUUGUGGACGAGAAGGCCGUGAACGAGAACCACAAGGACUACAUGUUCCUGGAGUGCAUCCUGUUCAUUACUGAGAUGAAGACAGGCCCCUUUGCUGAGCACUCCAACCAGCUGUGGAACAUCAGUGCUGUCCCCUCCUGGUCCAAAGUGAACCAGGGUCUCAUCCGAAUGUAUAAGGCUGAGUGCCUGGAAAAGUUCCCGGUGAUCCAGCACUUCAAGUUCGGAAGUCUGCUGCCUAUCCAGCCUGUCACAUCAUCCUAGGAGGGCCUCGAAGCCAGAGCCACCCAGACUGCCCUCUCCACCCAUCUGCGUAGCCCCCUCCCCUCCUCCCCCUGUUCUUUGUUUGACUGUUUACUGGGGUGGGCGUUGAGCUCAGGGCAGAGCGGGGAGUCAGGAAUAAGGCUGAUGGUCCCGAGGUGGAGGUGGGAGAAGUGACCAAAGUGGCCAGUUUCCUUUCCUCCCCAAUGGCGGAGGGGCAGGAGAGGGACUGGGCCUACCCCUCCUGUGCCCUGUGCCUGCCCCUCCUCCCCGCCCUACUCACCUGCUCAGCCCCGUUCUGAGACCUGGGGCUGCCCUGCGCCCUCUGGGGGCGGGGACUCUGCCCUUCUGCCCCGCUGCUUUCUCUCCUUGUGGCCGCUGCCUCACUGAGGGCUGAAGCAGCUGCUCCCCAAAGGCGGGGUCAGUCCCUGAGCCCCACAGGGUCACCCAUGUUCAGGUGGCAUCUGGGUGCUUGGAGACUGGGACCGGCCGGGGAUGCGGGGUGGGGGUGGGGGCAGGAAAGAGAAUCCCAAGCUGCUCUGCCUAGUGGCCCAGCUCCUGUCUCCUUGCCCCUCCCCCCGCCGCCCCCCUUCCGGGCUUGGGGGCACUUGUCUGCAGGCCCUCCCUGGCUCUGCUGCUCUUGGGCACUUGACUUGGGGGUCGCUUCUUGAGGACUGUCUUUCCAGAGCUUUCCAGGGGCUGGAGCGGGUGGCAAAAACUCCAGGGGUGGGGCAGUAUUGAGUGUGCAGCCCUGGAUUUCCCAGGCUGCACCCUUCUCAAUGUUACGGCGUUUCUUUCUGAGGCUGCUCGCCCUGUUUCUCUGCACCUCCCUACCCCCCGGGGAAGGUGAGGGGCUCCACUGUGUGCUCUCCCGGCUCCUCAGGACUGGAGUGGGUCUUGCUGGGUGAGGUCAACGAUGGCUCCCCAGCCAGGGCAUGCACAGUGAGGGCUGGGCGGAGGCCGGGCCCACCUGUAGGCAAUCUGUGACAGCAAUCAGCCAGCCCCUGUUUUGUCCUCUGGAGCCGUUCCUGGGCCUGGCUUCUGCAGCCUCACCCCUGCCCCCCCCCCCCCCCAUGGCUGGGUCCCGCCUACCCUUUGAGGAAGGGUGGGCACUGGAGAAGCACAACACAGGUCUUGGUCCCCCAGAUUCAGGCUGACCGUCUGGCUGAGGCAGGAGCCACACGAGUCUCAGAAGUAAACCUUUUCCUAGGAGCUGCCCAGCACCUGCUUGCCUUCCUCACUCCCUCCUGUGGGCCAGACCUCUGCCCACCUGCCCCUCCAGGUCUGCGCCAGCGCUCCCCACCCCUGUAGCCUUCGCUGCUGUUGGGAUUAAAGCCUCUGUUUGCACCCGUCA